AUGCGUAAUGAAACUGGCGAGUGUUCUGAACACGUUUUGUCAUGCCAAAAAGCAACUGGAACAACUGCACAUGACCUAUACACUGCUAUUACAACAAUUUUACAAUUGCACGGAGUUUCAUUUGAAAAACUUGUUGCCCAAACGUAUGACGGAGCAUCCACUAUAAGCGGAUGUUAUAAUGGUUUGCAGGCAAUUAAAAAAGAGAAAAUCGGAAACCACAUUAUCUUUGUUCACUGCUAUGCACAUACGCUAAAUCUCGUCUUAUCCGAUUCAACUUGUGUUGCUAUUGAUGUCAUUACUCUUUUUGACUCUCUCGAAAAACUGCACGUUCUCUUUAAUAAUUCUCAUAAAGUACACGAAUUGUUUCAAUUGGUUCAAAAAAAUGAAAACCUCAAAAUUUUUUCGAUUAAACGUCUUAAUACAGUUCGAUGGAAUGCAAGAGAAUUUUGUCUAAACGUAUUUCUUUUGAGGUUCGAGUGCAUCAUGCGAGAGCUUCAAAAAGUAGCUGAGGAAAGAUCGUUCACUGAAAGUCAGCGAGCAACAGCAAAUGGAUUGCAAGCAGCUUUUCAGACAAAGCAAUUUGUUGCGACUGCCUGUCUUUUUCAAGAAAUUUUUGGAAUUACUGGACCUUUAAGUCGAUAUCUACAGAGCGUAAAUGCUGAGUUUGGAAAAGCAAUGGAUAUGGUUGAUAGCUCAAUUUCUAGAAUUCAAAUCAUACGUGACAAACCAGAAAAAAUCAUUGAAAUGUCAGAUUCUUUUGCGUUAGAUGUCGAAUGGAGGUCUACACGACCUCUUCGUCGACGACCAAUGGACGGAGAACAAGCCAGAGAUGAUUUGGCAGAUUCACCAAAAGCACAAUGGAAGCGAGACACAUUUUAUAAAGUGCUAGAUUCCAUUCAAUCUUCAAUGAAGAAUCGUUUUGAAAAGAAUCGACCACUAAUGAAAUCAUUUGCUUUAUUCGCAUCCAAUCAAUUUGACGAGCUCUCGAGCAACUACAAGACAUCUCACGAUCUUCAAUCUGCAGUGAAAGCCUUUUGUGAUGUGUAUAAGAUAGAUUCCCAAAGAUGCGCUACUGAACUGUCAAGCUUUGCAGAAACAUUUAACAAAUUUCACUGUUCUCAGUUUACAACUCAAAGUGGCAUUGAUCAUAAUGAGCAGAAUUUUGAAAGUAUUGAUGUUGGUGAUGGUGAUGAUGAUGAUGAUGAAAAUCAUUCUGAUACUGACAUAAGUAAGCAUUCGAAUAAUGCGUCAAUUACCGAGAAGGCUAAAACUCCGUCAUUCUUAGAUGCCGUGAAGCUCCUAUUUUCCAAAGUACCAUUUAGUCGACGCAUACCCAACAUUAUGCAAAGUUUAUUCAAUUGCAGUGGCCAUACCCAUCAGCUCAGCAACUAA